AUGGAAGACUAUGACAAGCGCCAGUCUAAUAUAAUGCACCCUGAUCUAGAUCACUCGCUCGCGGAGAACGGGGAGACCAAUAAUGAUACCUCGUCAACAAACCUUGGCCGUGGUAGUGUCGUUAAAUCAGAACAGUCAAGCCCGAGCGUCAACCCUCUCAAGCGACGGUUUUCAAGCGGCGAAAAUGAUCCACAAAGCCCUUUGACAGAGUGGAGUGGUUCAGAAGGCAAAGCUUCUAUCUCUGUCAAUCGCGAUAUUUCGGCGUUGAUUCACACAGGCGUUCAAGGGCCGUCUCGUGAGCAGCAAUGGAACCCAAGCUCGGCCCUGUCUCUUGGAAUGGGGGUAUUGCAGAUCUCCAAGCUCAACGCCCCCGAUACCUCAGUGGCAAAUGAUUUCCCCGGAGGCCACACACAUCUGGUGAAGGCAGGCACAAUGCCCCCGCCAAACCGACAUAUCCUAGCCUUUCAGUCUCCUUCGGCCGAACUCGUCUCAGUUUUACCUUCAUUCGAAGUGGCAUGUUUGCUUGUGGCUACCUACUUCGACCGAGCCCAUUGGUUCAUACUUAUCUUCGAUCGAGAGGAUUUCUCCAAGAAAUGGCAACAGCUGUACCAAAAUCUCACGGAAAGCCCCAUUGAACCCAAUCUUAAUCUUGACUUCACCAGCACAUUGCUGAUGGUCAUGGUGAUUGGGUUACAAUACGUGGGUCCUCAUCGAAGGCAACUCCUGGCAGCGCACAACGUUGAUGCAGCGACCUUGAAAGACAUCAUCCUCGCCACUGUCCGGGCUAAAAUGAUGGAUAUCGUUUCCCUCGGCUCCCUGGAAGCGGUACAAGCCUGUGUUCUGCUUGGCACAUACUACCUUUAUCAUGGGGACCCCGGGCUGGCCUGGCUGAUCUGUGGCUGCGGGCUACGGAUUGCACAAAUUCUGAAUCUGCAUUGCAAGAUAGACAUGACCCCACCAGGUCUUCCAUCGAUAUCAUUCGAUAUGCGUCAGCAAUGCAAAACACGGAAUCGUAGUUGGUGGGCUAUUUAUGAGAUGGAGACGCUUUUUUCAAUGUCUUAUGGAUACCCUCAAGCCAUUGGAGAUAUUGAUUGCGAUGUCUACUUGUUGGAGCCUAUGCUCGUUGGAGACAACACAAAAAGUCAGGACCAAGCUGUCGUUGUUUCGUACAAGUACUUGAGUUCCAAGCUGUCGAUUCUCACCAAGACCAUAUUGAACGAGAUGUAUGGAGUCAACUCCGGUGUACCACACGGGCAAGGCCAGCCAUGCAAAUUUUCGGGCUGUGCUUCGACACAGCAUCACCUCGCCCACAUGGCGUCCCACUUCGAUGCUUCGUUACAGGAGUGGAAAGAAGCUAUUCCCCCAAAGCUUCAGCUCGACGAUCCCAGUGCCACAUCAGUCAGGUACGCUUCCGUAGAGGAAAUGGAUCGGGAUAUUGCAGCAUUAUGCGGGGCAAAGUUCACCAAUAAUAUUUAUCAAUUCCAAGCCCUUGCCCUUGAAAUCGCAUAUCAAAAUGCAAGGAUUUUGGUCCAUCGCCCUCUCAUGGCAUAUCAACGAAUCCCGAAAAUCGGCGCUGCACCAAACCACUCUACCGGGCGUUUAUACAAAGCACUAGAGUCGUGUCGAGACGCUGCUCUGAAAAUUUCGGAGACUGGCUCAUCGUCGAUCUUCUCGUUGGCAACAGAUACACAUGCAGUCGCAUUCAUUGGCAUCCAAACAUUCACUGCCGGUGUCACUCUUUGUAUAUUGGCUAGCAUUGAGCCAUUGACAAUGAAGGCACACAAGUCAAAGAUGGGAUUGCAUCGAUUACUGAAUAUGCAGCGGACUCUGGCUCCAAAAUCGCAACUAGCUGCACAGGGACUGGCAAUUCUCGAGCCGCUGACAAAGUUGGUGAUGGAAAAGGAACUGAAACAGAUGCUUGCACAGAAUGAUGGCCAAGCAGUCUUUGGAUCUACUCCAGGAGAAGGAGAGACGCAAAGCCCGAGUGACGAGUCAAUCAACGACUUUGCCAACUUUAAGUUCAGGGAAGAUGCAACCAUAUCGAAGGCUUUGUCCGACUUUGACAGAGCGAUUUCUGGCCGCAUGUGUUCGGCAACUGAUGCAGAAACCGAUGACCCUAAGAGACAGCUCUUCCCUGAACGUUCGGACAUAACUUAUAGAUUUGCGCAGCAGCAGGCGUUGAUAUGGGGUGGUGACUGUCUAGCCCGUUUUCCAGGCUUUGCCGAGUCCUGA